AUGGGGGGAAGUAGCGAAAUUUCGAGUAGUGAGGAAAAUUAUAAGACUUCGGAAAUGAUGUCCACGGACGAGGCGGGAAGAGGUGUAAAGGAGUUGACGGUGAAGUUGGGGAAGAGAGGAGGAAAUGAUAGAAAGGAAAGAGAAGAAGAACAGGACGAAUCCUCAGAGGAGCCGCCGGUAAGGAUCAGAAGGAAAAGCACAAAGACGACAGAGGAAGAGGAACUAGUGAGAAAGAUUGUGGAGGAUGAAAGAGCAAGAGAGGAAGCAGGAAUAAGGAGGAGAAUCGAGAAGGAGGAGACAACUAGGAGGCAUAGUGAGAGGCAGAAAGAGAUGGAGAGGAAACUGGAGGAGCAGAAGCGAAAGGAACGAGAGGAAAUGAAGAAAGUAGAAGCCGAAAAGAAUAAAGCAGAAGAGGAUGGAAUCGAUUUCGUACAGAAGGAACUGACAAGGAUCAUGGAGGCAACAGGGAAGGAGCACGCAGGAAAGUUGGCUUUCACGAGGGCCGAUCAGAUGAUGGUCAGGGAGGCGGUGGUCAACAUUCAAGGACAGAUGAUAGGAAUGUUAAAGAGGCAGCUAGAAUUGGAAAGGAGAAUGAGUGAAAAGAAGGAAGAAGCUGGCGGAAAGAGAGCAAAGGAAAGGUAUGAAAGAGGCAUGAAUGAGAGUAGAAAAGUAAAGUCUAGGAGGGUAAUGACGGAAGAAAGCGACAGCAAGGAAUGGAAGGAAAGGCAGGUAAGGAGGCGACGUAGGACCUAUGCUGAGGCCAGUAAGGGAAUGACAAAGGAAAGGAUUGAGGGAAGGGUAGUAGUAGUAGGUGAGGAAGGGUGGAAAACACCGCCCCCGAAGAAGGCUGCGGAGACGGCUCUGAUCGUGUCUAGUAAGGAAGAAAGAAUGCUAGGAAGCUUGCGGAGGCCCUAG